UUUUCAGAAGUUGCACUUGAGUCACGCAAAUUGAACAUCGCGCCUGCUUUCAGUGAGUGAUGCCCCGCUGUGGUCGUCAUGACCGAUACAGCAGCGCUGCUCUCCUGCAGCAGAGCUGACUGCCCAGACCAUAGGCCUCAGUUAGUGGCACCCUGCUGCGGUUGACAUGACAGACAUAGCAGCGCUGCUCUCCUGCAGCAGAGCUGACUCCCCCGACCGCAACAGUUGCCAGGUCGGCACUAUGUCUGACGGACGACCCCCUCCCCUGGCGCUCCAGGACGGCACGUACGCGGACGGCCCGCGGCGCCGUGACGUCAGCUCGAGGUCAGUUCAGGUCACCGAGCCGGCCGGCAGCGGGCCGGACGCGGAGCGGCCCCAGGUGGCGCACUCGCAGGACCAGCAGCAGCGCGCUACGCCCGGCGUGUACUACCCGCCGGACGACGCCGACUGCGAGACCAAGUUCAAGACUAAAGAAUCGCACAAGAACGGCAACACCAAGACGGGAUUCAAGGCAAAGGGCAAGUACAAAGCACAUGGAGGCUCCAAGCAGAAGGAAGACAAGGGAGGCAAGACGAUCCCCAUUUGUCUCCCCCUGUGUGGCGGUGCGGCGUGCAGCAUUAUGUAGGGUGACAUCUAGUGGUGACAUUCAGAACUCGGCCGGGUGGUGCCAUCUGUUGAUUGAACUCGAACUACAGCUGCGCGUAUCACCCGGCGUCAGCGUGUUUUGCUGGCGCCAUGAUCGAGUCGGACCGUACGAACGCGCUCAACGUGCAACUGCGA